AUGGUUUCCAAAACCAGACAAAUAUUCAACGUUUUUCUGGGCAAGUUCGACAGGGAACUCCUGGUUCAAAACUGCAUCGUCAAUAACUCCCAAAGAGUAGGUGACGUUGCUUUCGACAAGAAGCUUAAGGGCGUGACAAAUGAUGUUUCUAAGAUCUGCUUUUUCGUACAACAAACCGGCAAGCUUGGAUGCAAAAUCAUCUGUGAAGCUUUCAAUCAAAUCAGAAGGAAGAUCGCAGAAAUGUGGGAGCAACGACCAAAUCUGGUCAACGAUCGUGGCAAAGACCUUGGUGUUCAUCGAUUCUGGGUUUCCGUUGGCGAUUUUCUCCUCGAAGAAAGUGGUCAAUGGCAAAAUUUCCGAAAUGUAGUAUCCCAGCUUCGAAUGGCUCACGUUGUCUCUCAAGAUUGGAAGCAACCAAGCUCUUCCGGUAGCCUUUGA